CGUGACUGCAGUAGAACAUCCUGGUGGACUGACUGCUGACCGAAGAGAAACAAACAAACGAUUCCACACUUCUCCGGUCGAAGCGUAGAUCGCAGCGGAGCAGAGGGACGGGAGAAGAGGCAGCGAGUUCCUGAAUCUUCCUCCUCCGCAGCUGAGCCUGCUCGUCGACCCGCCGGCAGGCAUGGAUGGGAAGAACUUCAGCAAUAAACAGCAAGCUGAACAAAAGAACCCGGAUGCAGUGACAGACAGUGUUCCAAGCCAAUCUCAAGAGGCCUUGAAUCCGUCAGAUGAUGGAAACACCAGUCCAAUCAAUGGCCAUGAAGCUGAUGUGAACAUGGAAGCUUCCAUCUCCACCGAGGACGUCAUUCGGGCCGGCGGGUUUGGAGCGAAGGAUGACAUUGGUAGCCUCCUCCCAACAGCAAUUGAUUCCACCGAUUUCGAGGCCUCGCUGCGGGACGCCCGCGACUUCGAAGGCGAGAAAGAGGCACCGUCACAUCCUGGACUAGGAUGGAAGGGGGACAAGGCUGAUGAUGGAAGCAAACUGUCAGAUGUGCCGCAGCAGUGAUCGUGCUUUCUUCUUCUGUCAUAUAUGUGUCUGAAGAGCUGCCCUGCGUAUGAACUUUUUGUCCCAAUGUUUUGUGUUUAACGUGAUCUUCUGUUUGGUCCAGUGUUUGUAUGAACGUGAGGAUGACGGUUCUAUGUUGCCUGUUGUAUAGAUCUCAACUCUGUUAGAUGUCUGAGGAAUGUAUAAUCCAGCAUGGUUUCCUGUCUA